UGAAGAUAUCUUGAAACUGUCUUUUGUUUAGUGUCAGCUAGUGUUGUACCAGUUCGGUUUUACAUUGUCUUUGGCAUCUUGCAGAUACUGUGUUAGACAUCGCUUGCGCUCUAAGUAGAUAAAAGUAUCUCCAAAAAUAAUUUGACUGUACAUUAAAACGAAAAAGGCAAACAAAUUUUGGAGAUGCGGGGUAUCGAACCCCGUGCCUCUCGCAUGCAAAGCGAGCGCUCUACCAUUUGAGCUACAUCCCCAUAUGACUAAAGUUUCAAUUACGUUAAAUAAAUACGGUUUUCGACUAAAAAGUCUAUCAUAACAACAAACUACGAAGAAGUAGAAAGUACAACUAACAAAACUGAAAUAGCUACGAAUAAGUAGUAAGUACAACUAACAAAACUGAAAUGAUUAAUGAGAUAACAGGUUAACCACACAAUUAUCUUAGAUGCUGCGUGCAACAACCCGAGAGGGCCCCCGCAUAGUUUGUCAGUUUCUUUUUCUUAUUGUACGUUACAAGUCCAACUUACUAAAUAUACUUUUAUUUCUCUCUAAAAAUGUUCACACUUAAAUACAAUCAGUUUUUAUUCACACUACAAACCAUAUAUCGUAUUUGGAACUUUGUAACCAACUGAUUGGCUUACAAGUUUCUUUACACUAUAUAUAUAUUUAUCAAAUCAACUUUCAUUUUCCAAGUUCUCUACAUCAUAUCCUGUCUAUUUCGUGCUUCUCCUAAAAGAGUGAUCUUAAGACCCAAUCAUCAUGAGAAUGUUUCUAGCUCUCUUCCUUCUCUUGGCCUUGACCACAUCUUCAAGUGCAACUUACUGUCUCUGCAAAGAAGGGGCAGGAGACGACGCACUUCAAGCAUCAAUAGACUAUGCUUGUGGAAAAUUAGCAGAUUGUAACCCAAUCCAUGACAAGGGUGCUUGUUAUCAACCAAACACCAUCAAAAGCCACUGUGAUUGGGCUGUUAACAGCUACUUCCAGAAUCAAGAUCAAGCCCCUGGAAGCUGCAACUUCACUGGAACUGCCACUACCAGUCAAAACCCACCUUCAAAUUUGGUUACCGGAUGUGUCUAUCCUUCAAGCCCUAGCUCUCCAGGGUGUUCUCCUUCAACACCGGGAACAAAUCAGACAAACGGAACCGUUACUCCAACCAACGGUGCUUCCAGUUUGGUCAUUUCCCCUGCUUUCGCAAUCUGUUUAUCAACACUUGCGUUUCUGAUGUAACGUUCGUGUGGAGACAAAGACAUCCACAUGGGUCCGUCUUUGGUUCCCUUUUGGGUGGAAAAGGAAGCUUCAGUCGUCCUUGUGGUUUAUAUUUCUGUUGUUGCAUUUAUGUGAAAGUUGCUCUAAUUAGAAUCUUGAGUAAAUAAAUAAAAUAAAAACAGAGCAUCAUGAUAAAGACUUGUCAAUAAAAAGAUACCAUAUUUUUAUAAUUUCUAAUGAUUAAUCAUAGACUAAAGCAAAAUUUAUUCACCA